AUGAUGAAGUAUUCACCAUUCCAGGAUGAGGAGCCAGCAGCAGCAGUCGAUGCACCAUUUCAGACGACUUCAGAUCAGGCCGCACCACAACCUGCACAGAAACACCCGGUAGCGGUGUUCUUCCAUUUCUUCUUCAAGGUGUGCGCCAUCGUACUAUAUCUGUUGGCGUCGCUGGUUGGCAUCGGCUUUGUCAUCUCAUUCAUUAUCAUUACACUGUGCGCAGCAUUCGAUUUCUGGACCGUCAAGAAUGUCACUGGUCGUCUACUAGUCGGACUGCGAUGGUGGAAUGAGAUCAAGCCCGAUGGCUCAGAUCAAUGGGUCUUUGAAUCAUUAGAAAACAAGAGUCAGAUCAAUCAAUCAGAGUCAUUCCUGUUUUGGGUCGGUGUUAUUGGUACACCAUUGAUCUGGGGCCUGCUAACAAUCUUUAGCAUCAUCUCUCUACUUCGUCUGUCAUUUGGCUGGCUGAUCGUUUGCUUCGUCUGCCUCAGUCUUUCAGCUGUCAACGUGUUUGGAUAUAUAAAGUGUGCCAAAGAUGCACGAAAGAAGGUCAAGGGAAUGGCACAGUCAUAUCUUGUAGGACAAAUUGUAAAUCAAGCAAUCAACAGAGUUUAA